GCUGCAGUAACAGUGGCAGGAGCUUCCUUGCCAGAUUUUCUUUUUUCACUCCCUCCUUUUAGCUCUCCUCUCCCCAGGAAAGACUCUCCCUCUCCCCCACAAUCUCACGGUCUCUCUCUUCAUUAGUAAAUCGUACAGUGGAAUGAGAAGUGAGAGAGUGAUGGAGAGGAUAAGGAGGAGGAGGAUAUAGACUGCAGAAAAGCAGAGAUGCAGUAGCUAGCCACAACCACUUCUCCGUGUCUGGAUUUGCUGCGGCUGUGAAGGAUUUCUGCCAGUUUUUAUUUUAUGUUUAUUUAGUACUUGAUUUAAUCCUCCAAAAGCCUCCUUUUUUUGGCAGCUGCACUAGCUGUGUGUCUUUGUGUGUGUUUGGAGGAGGGCUUUUAAAGCAGCAACGGAUAGCGGAGCUGGGGCAUCUGGCUGUCUGGGAGGCAGCGACGGCCGGCUGGCUGCAUUGUGUUGCUUUGAUGACCCCCGCUGUGUAGCUGCCUGCUCAUCAACCUCCCUUCUCUCUCUUUCUCUCUCACCCUCCCCUUUCUCUCUCCUCUCUUUCCUCCUUCUCCUCCUCCUCCUCUCUCUCCAUCACAGCUCCCGGCCCAGCCAUGUUCGGCACUGAGUCCUCAUUAAGCAUGUUUCUCAACACCCUGACGCCCAAGUUCUACGUGGCCCUGACAGGUACUUCCUCCCUCAUAUCAGGACUCAUAUUGAUCUUUGAGUGGUGGUAUUUCAGAAAAUAUGGGACCUCCUUCAUAGAGCAGGUGUCUGUGAGCCACCUGCGCCCCCUGCUGGGAGGAGUGGACAGCAGCUCUCCCAGUAACUCAAACGCCAGUAAUGGGGAGGCUGACUCCAGUCGGCAAAGUGUGUCUGAAUGUAAAGUAUGGAGAAAUCCACUGAAUUUAUUCCGCGGAGCUGAAUAUAAUCGGUAUACUUGGGUAACAGGUCGAGAGCCGCUGACAUAUUAUGACAUGAACCUGUCAGCACAAGAUCAUCAAACCUUCUUCACCUGUGACUCAGACCACCUCCGGCCUGCUGAUGCCAUCAUGCAGAAGGCGUGGAGAGAAAGGAACCCACAGGCUCGCAUCUCUGCAGCACAUGAAGCUCUGGAGCUUGAAGACUGUGCAACGGCAUACAUCUUGCUGGCAGAGGAGGAGGCCACCACCAUCAUGGAGGCUGAGCGGUUAUUUAAACAGGCGCUAAAAGCUGGAGAGGGCUGCUACCGCCGCAGCCAACAGCUCCAACAUCAUGGUACACAAUAUGAAGCCCAGCACAGAAGAGACACCAAUGUGUUGGUGUAUAUAAAGAGGAGGCUGGCCAUGUGCUCCAGAAAGCUCGGCCGAACAAGAGAAGCAGUUAAAAUGAUGAGAGAUUUAAUGAAGGAGUUCCCUCUCCUCAGUAUGUUCAACAUCCACGAAAACCUGCUGGAGUCGCUACUAGAGCUCCAGAACUACGCCGACGUCCAGGCCGUUCUGGCCAAGUAUGACGAUAUUAGCUUACCUAAAUCUGCAACAAUAUGCUACACAGCAGCCUUGCUCAAAGCCAGGGCGGUAUCGGACAAGUUCUCUCCAGAGGCCGCAUCCAGGAGAGGGCUGAGCACAGCAGAGAUGAACGCAGUAGAAGCCAUCCACAGAGCGGUCGAGUUCAAUCCUCAUGUCCCCAAAUACCUGCUUGAGAUGAAGAGUCUGAUUCUUCCUCCAGAACACAUUCUGAAAAGAGGCGACAGCGAGGCCAUUGCCUACGCCUUCUUCCACCUACAGCACUGGAAAAGGGUGGAGGGGGCACUCAACCUUCUGCACUGCACCUGGGAGGGCACUUUCAGAAUGAUCCCAUAUCCUCUGGAGAAGGGUCACCUGUUCUAUCCUUACCCCAUCUGUACAGAGACGGCAGACAGAGAGCUGCUACCCAUGUUUCACGAGGUGUCGGUCUACCCGAAGAAGGAGCUGCCCUUCUUCAUCCUCUUCACAGCUGGUCUCUGCUCCUUCACUGCCAUGCUGGCUCUGCUCACACACCAGUUCCCUGAACUUAUGGGAGUGUUUGCUAAAGCUUUCCUCAGCACGCUGUUUGCUCCUCUGAACUUUAUAAUGGAGAAGGUGGAAAGCAUCCUGCCAUCCAGCCUCUGGCACCAGCUCACCCGCAUCUGACCCCGACCGACAGAAGGACCGACCGGACCAGGAAUCAGACCCAGGACCAGCACCAAGAGCAGACCUCUAUCUGGACAGAAACAGCUGAACUGAAAACCAGAACACUGCAGUGGACUAGACUGACGCGCCUCUGUGCCAAGUUCAAACCAAACCGAGAUCAGAUGGGAAUCCUAGGAGAGACGCGAAACAAAAAUGCUAAACGACACCCAGAAUUGGUUUUGACUUUAUUUGAUAUGUUUGCAUUUCUUUGGGUUAUCAGUCAUUUAAAGCUGUUCUUUUGUUGUACAAAAAGAGGUGAUCAAUUGCCAUCAUUAAAAAGGUGAAAAGGAAAAAAAAUACAAUAAAGGACUUUUUGUGUAUUGCUGCAAAAAUGCAGUGUUUUUACUGGCUGCCCCACAUACUGUGAAAUCAGCUGACCUUGAUACCAGCACCACCAGAUACAACCGGCUGGGUUUUGUUUCUCUGCAGGAUCCAUCACAUAUUUGGAGCUUUCAUUCUCAAACUAACAGCUCACUCCACAGUGGAAAAGUUGUUCCUGCAACUGCUGAGUACUGAGGUCAUGCAAGCUCCACAGGCUGUCGCCUAUUGCAAGUCCGUCGUCAUCGACUUUGAUGGUAAAAU